UCCCCGCAGAGCGAGCGUAUCGAUCCCCCCAACCCAACCGCGAAACUUGUCAUCUUCUCCCCCUCCGCAUUUCUCUUUCGCACGCACGGCGACCCAACCGCCCUCGAUCCGAUCCUCCUCCUCGCUUGCUGUUGCAGGGUCAUGGCCACGACCACGCACGGCGCGCGUACGUGACGUGCGCACGUGCAUGCGCUCUCGGCCUUGAUCGCCCACUAUUACUAGCGAGCGCGCCGUGCGCCCGUGUGGAGAGUCUGCUCUGCUGGGGGGAGUGGAGUCGUGGGGUGAUCUUGGAUUGCAAGUGCUCGCCGCGCUCGUGCAUGGCCGCCAUCCCCCGCCGACCGAGGAUCGUCGUCGUAGUCUAACUACCAGUUGCGCGGCCGGGGCGGGCGGGCGACCGAUCGAUCCAUCCAGCAAUGGUGGGUGUUAGCGCGGGGCGUGACUUGGGCGCGGGCGCGGGCGCGGAUGCGGCGGCGGCGGCCAGGGCACAGGCGGCGCGGGAUGUGUGUGCGGCGUCGGCGGCGUUCGCGUCCUGCACGCACCGCCGCCGCCGGUCGUCACCGCGCGGCCCGCACUUCGUCGACUGGUACCUCGUCCUCGCCAUCGGCGAGGCGGCGUCGGAGGACGCCGUGCGGAGGCGGUACCGGCAGCUCGCGCUGCAGCUUCACCCGGACAAGAACAGGCACCCCAAGGCGGAGGUGGCGUUCAAGAUCGUCUCCGAGGCGCACGCGUGCCUCACGGACCAGGCGCGGCGGCGGGCCUUCGACUCGGAGCGGCGGGACAGCUUCUGCGCCGCGUGCCACGACCGCCACGCCGCCAGGUGGUCCAAGCCGCCGACCCUCCGCGUCGCGCCCGGCGCGACCAAUCAUCAGGCGCCAGCGCCAGCGGCGCCGGCCAGGAGCAGCAAGGCGGAGCGGGAGGUGCAGCGCCGGCUGCGGGACGAGUGCCGGGUCAUCGACGGGUGCCUGCGGGCCAACGACGCAGCGGCCCGCGCGCGCCGCCGCCAGUCGUUCCCGCUCUUCGACCCCUCCGACAGCCGCCGCUUCCCGGACUACCCGCACGUCCGCCCGCCGCCGUUCGGCCUCGGUGGCGCGGAGCUCCGGCGAUCCGACGAGUGGCUUGGCCGCGCGGCGGUGGAUCAGCAGGCCAUGAAUCGGAGGUGGUGCAGAAACGGUGGCGAGUCGCCUGUGUACCAGAUCAGGACGGCGGCGACAGAGUGCACCGAGAGGCGUGCUUGGUGAACUCGUCACGUCAUUAACAUGAGCAGCAGAGUUUUUUUUUUCCAUUCUUUUCCAGUUUUUCAGCUCGAAAAUGAAGUGUCAAACCAGCUUUAGGUCAGAUAUAUUCUUCUAAGGAUACAGAACAAGCAAGAAAAGCAUUACACUAUUCACUUGUC